GGCUGCCGCAGUAACAAUACAAGCUCUCAGGAAUACGGUUGGUCCAGCGGGUGGACGAUAGUUGCUUACAUUUUUACUAAGUAACUAAGCAACACCAAUAUUGUUACUAGCGUACAUAUACACAUACAUACAAAACCACAAAAGGAACAUACAAACCUACACGCUCUAAAGUAUAGAAGGAAAAAGUUUAUAAACGUGAAAAGCGCAAAUUGCACGUUCGUUCAAAAAAAAUAAUAAUAAUAAAAAAAUAGAAAUAGGAAUACUUACAUGUAUACAUAUACAAUAUAAACGUAUAUAAGCUUGUGUGCGCUAUUGAUUUGUGUGUGUGCGUGAAAUUCAUAAAGUAAAUAAAAUCUUAGAAAAAAUAACAAAACAAAUGAAAAAACGAAGAAAUAUUUAAUAAUAAAAUUAAACAACUCGACCAAAUGCAUAAUCAUUAACUGCUAUGUGUUAAACGUUUUCGAACAUAAGUAACUGUGAAAUCGGUACGCUAUUUCGCUUUUGUAUGUAUUAUGUGAGGUAUAUUGGAACAAAAAGUUGGGGAAAUUCGUGUAUGUCAAGCAAAAACAGUUGGUGUUAAGGUCGUACGGAAAGUGUGACAGUCAGUGAAGGGUGCAUGACAAAUGAACUCCACUUUGGCAGCUUAAGAAGCGCAGCGCUAGAACCAUAACAUUACCUGAUGCAUCUCUUCGCAAGAGAGAGCGUGCCUAAAAAUUACAAUUACUGUUGCAGUUUCAAUAUUGUGAAGGAAUUCUCUAGUUAUAACAUUUUGGUAUUACACUUCUAAGAACAUUCAUUCAACGUCUACAGAAACAGAAAAUUAAGAACUAAAAACUGCAAAAUUAUAAUCUGUUGCGGGAUUGGUUUCCCCAUAUAAUUUUUCACCAUAAAUUGCCCAUCAUCAAACAAUACUGCUUUUAACAUUGGCGUCAUAACUACAUCCUCGUGGGACCAUCGCUGUCAGUUGGCGCCAUGGAGGACGAUCAGCAGUUUUGUCUUCGGUGGAACAACCAUCAGAGCACGCUAAUUAGCGUAUUCGACACUCUGUUAGAAAAUCAAACACUUGUCGAUUGCACAUUAGCCGCUGAGGGAAAAUUCCUUAAAGCUCAUAAAGUGGUGCUGUCUGCGUGCAGUCCAUUUUUUGCCACUUUACUGCAACAGCAGUAUGAUAAACAUCCGAUAUUUAUUUUGAAGGAUGUCAAAUACCAAGAAUUGCGUGCCAUGAUGGACUAUAUGUAUCGUGGGGAAGUUAAUAUUUCACAGGAUCAAUUAGCUGCAUUGCUAAAAGCGGCGGAAUCACUGCAAAUCAAAGGUCUGUCAGACAACCGCAGUGGUAGUACGCCGAAAACAGAACAACACCGUGGUUUAAAUGUACCUGGAAGUGGUAGUAGUAUCGGUGGCGGUGGUAAAUUGAGUGGUUAUACACUCGAGCAGACGCAGUCGAAACGUCCUCGUGUUGGACCAUCCCCCAUGGAGACUGCCGAUAUAUCAGGAUCCCGCGAGGGUUCAUCUAGUCCAUCUAGACGUCGAAGGAAAGUUAGACGCAGGAGUGUCGAAAAUGCUAUGUCCGCAGACGUUCAUGACAAUUCCAACUCUUCUCAAAUCAAUCAAUCGUCACUUCAACCACAACAACAACAGCAACCACAAACCAAUGCAAAUCUAACUGGGGUUGGGGCCUUAGCGGCAGCCACCUCGUCACUUCCAGUUUCGGCAACCGCACUAUCGACCGGUUCAAGUAGUGUUUUAGCAGCAACUGGUUCCAUAGUUAGCACACAAGGCACUACUCAGCAAAUGACCACAAACAUUACCAAAAAGACUGAAAGCGUUAAGGGAGCAAGCGAUGCCAUGAAUUCAGAAAAUAUACCAACAGUGGGUGUAGUUGGUACCGGAGAUGAACAAAAUGUUGAACAUCUUAAGGGUGAAAAGUCCAAUCACAAACAAAAGUCAUCGGCACCUGGUGUUGCUGCUAAAGAAACUGCCGAAAUGGUAAUCGAACCGAAAAGUGAAUAUGAAGAAGAAGGCAAUGAGGAAACCGUUGAAGAUUUAACAUUAGACGAUGAGGAAAUGGGUAUGGAUGAUUUAGAUCAAAAUGCCGGUACAAGUCAAGCUGGUGAAGGAUCGAGUCAAGGAUAUGCACCGUGGCAACAUGACAGAUCUCAGGACGAGUUAUUAUUGGCGCCACAAGAAGCACAGCAACGGGAUCCACAAGAUGAUGUGGCAAUUUCAACUUCUUCAACUGGUGCGGCACUUACCUCAGCAGCCGGCCCCAACGUCUACAGCGCCGAAGCACAAACUCAGUCACAAAGUGAAUCACGUAUACGCGUGCGCGACUGGCUGAUGCUGGCCGAUCAGUCUAUAUUGCAGAAGACGAUAGAGCAGCAACCAGACCAAACACUAACCACAACCACUAAUGCGGCCACUAACACCGUUACCGCGGCUACGGCACUAAGCAAUGUCGAUAUGAACGCACAUACCCUAUCAAACGCAACGCCUGCAAUUGUAUCGUCCUCAAUGGCGACAACAACAGCAACAGCGGCCAAUGCAACGUCCAAUAAGCAGCCGACAUUGAUGCGCAUCGGCAGCAUUGGACGCACCACAAUAACCUGCGUGGCACCGGCGAGCACUGGCGAUGAUGGUGAGAUGAAUUUGUUGAAUAACGGUAAUAUGGGCGUAAUAUCGGCGGCAGCCUUAGCAGCUGCGGGUGUAGAACUCGAAUCGGUGGACGAAAGCAUGACCGAGGUGCUGGUGAAAAUCGAGAAUUCCUCAUCCUCAACACAGGAGGAAGAUGACGAGAUGGAGGCGGAAGGCGAGAAUGAGGGCGAAGGCGAACUCGCCGAGGACGAUGAUGAUGAUGAUGAUGAACAACAAACGGGUGAUAAUGGCAAAGAGUCCGAUUUCAAUUAUGAACUAAAGCUGUCCAGCCCCAUGUCGUGGGCUUUUGACACAGUGAAAAUCGAGAAUGAGGAGGAAUUCGAAGAUAUACUCUCCGGCGAGCAGGACACCACCAAUACCGAGGAUGAGGAUGAUCUGUUGACCACAGCAGCAGCCACAACCAAACAAGCUGCCGCCGGCUCAACCGAAAACAAUCCACGUGUAAACGCGAAUGUUACCGAGUGCGCCGAGUUGCCGGCAAGCACACGUGAGGCAGCAACGAAUCGCGCCGAGAAUGCUUCGCAUAAGGGCGGUCAGCAGCGUGCCGCUGGCAAGCGACGUACACUGUUGGAGCGCAAAGAGACGACGACAUUGCUGAGCAAGCAACAACAACAAUUGCUUUUGGAACAACAACAACACUUGCAACAUCUGCAAUUACGACCGACGCAACAGAUGCUGCAAUUCAAGCUCGCCUCCAUACCAGCAACCAUCACCUCAAUAACAACAACAACAACAACAGCGGCUACGGCUCAAAAACACAACAGCAAUGGUGUUAAGGACACCGCAAGCGUUGGUGUUGGUGGUGGUGUUGCUGCUGCUGCUGCUGGUGAUGCUGUUGGUGGCAUUAUUGUUGGUACCGCUGGCAACAGCGAACCGCAUGCGAAACUGCUUACCGCAAGCAAUAGCGGUAAAAGUAGCGCCAAUGCCGGCGAUUUUAAAUCGUCGGUUUCCGAUGAUAAACGCUAUCGCAUUCUAGUGCAAAAUCAGCGUAUGCGCAAGGAGUCGCUCGAACACUCGGAGGAUAUGAUUUAUAAUGCGGACAUCGAGAAGCCGUGGGUGUGUCGCAAUUGCAAUCGCAACUACAAGUGGAAGAAUAGUCUUAAGUGUCAUUUGAAGAACGAGUGCGGCCAACCGCCACGCUACUUUUGCAGCAAACUCUGCGGCUAUGCCACGAAUGUGCACAGCAAUUUGAAGCGUCACUUGAACACGAAAUGUCGCGACCGCAUGGAGGAGGAUCAAAAGAACAACACCAGCACCUAUACGCUCGUAUUCCAGCAAAACGAAUAAACAGCCGACCGGAAGCACGCGCACACGAACCGACGUUGCAGUUUUGUAUAGUAUAUAGCGUUCGGCCACAGUUCGCACACGCUCGUUUUUAUUAGCAAGUUGGCAAAAUUUGCAUAUUUAACGUAUUUAUUUAUGUAUGUAUUAGGCGUUUUUUAAUUUAUUUUUAUUCGUAAAAAUGGAACACUCCUUCAUUUCGAAUUUAAGUUCGGAUUUAGUUUGAAAUUCAAAGCGACGCUAGUCAAAAUUAACGGCACAUAUGAAAUAUGUUUGCAGAAACGUUCUUAAAAAUAUACAUAUAUUUAUAUAGAUAUAUUGUCGUUCUUAUAUAUUUAUAUAUUUUAGUGCGUAAAUUUUCAUUUAAAAAAUAUUUUUUUAAUUUAAAACUUUUUUCAUAUUUUUGUUGUUUUUUUUUUUGUUGAUUUGUUACUUAAGUAUUUAUUUUAUAGUGCGAGAGUCAUGAGAAAUAGUUUCUCACGCUCUUAUACGUGCGUAUACAUACAUACAUAUAGUCGUGUGUAUAUGUAUGCAUAUAUGUAGGAGCAACGCAAAAGUCAUUAAUGAAACCUUUUCUAGUCAAAUGAUGAUUAAAAGUCUUAUAGAAAAUUUAAUUACACAUAGAUAUUUAUUCUAGCAUAUGUAUGUACGUACGUAUUUAACAUUGCAAUUUAUACACAUAUACAUAUGUUGCUGUCAUUUUAGUUUAAUACAAAUUUAAUUGUUUUUUUGACGCAAAAAAAAAAUAUAU